GGGUAGCCGCCAUGUCGGUCUCCAGCGGCGACCAGAUUCUGACAAAGCCAGAGACCGUGGACCGGAGGAGAAGUGCGGGAACGACCAAAGAGGCCGGGCGACCACUGGAGAUGGCUGUGUCCGAGCCCGAGGCCAGCGCCGCGGUGAGAGCUGUGAUGAGGCAGGGUGUUUUGACGGUCAGAGAUGGUGUACUUGCGGGGCAGUGAUUGGAGUAGUCUGUGACGAUAGGUGAUUUGGGAAUUGGUGGAAUCGAUGCUAGAUGGUCUCUUGGGAGGUCGGUGUUCUGAGUUAUCUGUGGGGUUAAUGAUUUGGCUUUAGGAUAUCAGUAUUUGGAGGGAUCUGCAGAGACAAUGAUGGGGAGGCGUCUGUGGCAGUCACUGAAUGUCAGAGUUUGGAAGGAGAUCAGAAAUGGAGGCUUUGUGAUGUGUCAGAGAUAGGGAAGGACCGUGGGGGUUGGCGGUUUGGGAUGUCUAUGGGAGCCAGCGAUUAUGGGUGCCUGUGGUGGUUAGAGCCUGGAUUAUCAAAGAGGGUCAGUGUUAGGAUUUGGGAAAUUCAGUGAUUGGGAGCAUCUGGGAGCAUCAGAGAUUGGGGCUUGGGAGCCAGUGACGUUGAUGUCUGUGGAAGUUUGAUUAGCAGUAUCUUUGAGGGUCAGUGGGUAAUGGAGGAAUCGGGGGGCCAGUGAGGGGGGAAUAUGACUGUUGGAGUUUGGGGAGUCAAUGUUGAGGUGUCUCUGGGGAUGGUAGAUGACUUGUAUGUCAUCUGGGGAGAAAAGGUAAUUGGGGAUGUAUGCAGGUCAAUAAUUAAGUGGUGUCUAGCAGUAAUAACUGUGCUUUGAGUAAUGAGGUGAUUAGUAGGAAUUAAUGAUUGAAGAUCCUCUAUGAUUCCGUGACUAGAAGCCUAAGGGGGUCAGGAGUUUGAGGGGAUUGCUGCAUUUAAUGAUUGAGGGUUCUUUGGUGGUCAGUGAUUGGAGGUCUGUGGAAGUUAAUGAUUGUUCUGUGGAGAGUGAUAGUUGGGAACUUGCAGAGAUCCAUAAUUGGGAGAAGUUUGUGAAGGUUAGUGAUUGGGGAGUAUUUGGGCGUCAGUGAUUGAAAACUUGCAGGAACAGUAGGAACAGACAGUCUGUAAGAUGAGCAUUUCUUUUAUGCCAGGGAGUAUUUUUUAUUUUGUUUGUUGUUGUUUUGCAGUCCCUGCUUUGUCCUCAAAACCAGGGAAUGUUUUAAAUGCUGGAGAGACACCAGGAAACAAAACCAGAAUCCCUCCCUCAAUGACUUACAUUCUAGAAAUAUGAAAGAUAUCAUAAAAUAUAAACAAAUAAAAUUAUUCCAGACACUAAUAAGUGCUGAAGUAAGUAAAAGAGGAUGAUGUGGUACAGAGUGAUUGAGGGUAGGGAGUGCAUGACUUUAGCCAGAUUAGUCAUGGAAAGCUUUCCUUAGCAAAUGACAGUUGGGUUGAGGCAUAAAUCAUCACAAGGAGGCAGCCAUGCAGAGAUCUGAAGAAAGAGUGUUCCAGGAAGAAAAAAACAUCAACUGCAAAGGACCUGAGAAGGAAUGGAAGCAACUGGAUCCUGCUCAGAGGAACCUGUAUAAUGAUGUGAUGCUGGAGAACUACAGCAACCAAGCCUCAAUGGGGUGUCAAGCUCCCAAACCAGACAUGAUCUCCAAGUUGGAAAAAGGAGAAGCACCAUGGUUGGGGAAGGGGAAAAGACCCAGUCAAGGUUGUCCAAGUAAAAUAGCAAGAUCCAAGCAAAAAGAAACUGAUGGAAAAGUCCAGCAAGAUGAUGACCAGCUUGAAAAUAACCAGAAAUCUCAAAACAAACUCCUCAGGGAAGUUGUAGUCAAGAAGAAAACUCAAGCUAAGAAGAAUGGCAGUGACUGUGGUUCACUGGGGAAAAAAUAUAAUUUGCAUACAAAACAUGUUCCUUCAAAGAAAAGGCUUCUUAAAUUUGAGUCACGUGGAAAAAUUUUGAAACAGAAUUUAGAUUUACCUGAUCACUCAAGAAACUGUGUAAAAGGGAAAUCUGAUGCAGCUAAAGAACACAAGAAGUCAUUCAACCAUAGCUUAUCUGAUACAAGGAAAGGCAAAAAGCAAACUGGAAAGAAACAUGAGAAAUUAUCCAACCAUAGCUCAUCUGAUAAGUGUAACAAAACUGGCAAAAAACAUGACAAAUUAUGCUGUCAUAGCUCAUCCCAUAUUAAACAGGACAAAAUUCAAACUGGAGAGAAACAUGAGAAAUCAUCCAGCCUCAGCUCAUCUACUAAGCAUGAAAAACCUCAAGUUUGUGUGAAACCCUAUGAAUGUAAUCAAUGUGGAAAGGUUCUCAGCCAUAAACAAGGACUCAUUGACCAUCAGAGAGUUCAUACUGGGGAGAAACCAUAUGAAUGUAAUGAAUGUGGGAUAGCCUUUAGCCAAAAGUCACACCUUGUUGUACAUCAGAGAACUCACACCGGAGAAAAACCAUAUGAAUGUAUUCAGUGUGGCAAAGCCCAUGGUCAUAAACAUGCACUCACUGACCAUCUAAGAAUUCAUACUGGAGAAAAGCCCUAUGAAUGUGCUGAAUGUGGGAAAACCUUCAGACACAGCUCAAACCUUAUUCAACAUGUGAGAUCUCACACAGGUGAGAAGCCAUAUGAAUGUAAGGAAUGUGGGAAGUCCUUUAGGUAUAACUCAUCUCUUACCGAACAUGUGAGAACACAUACAGGUGAAAUACCAUAUGAAUGCAAUGAAUGUGGAAAAGCCUUUAAGUAUAGCUCAUCCCUUACUAAACACAUGAGAAUUCAUACAGGUGAGAAACCCUUUGAAUGUAAUGAAUGUGGGAAAGCUUUCAGCAAGAAGUCACACCUCAUUAUACAUCAAAGAACUCAUACUAAGGAGAAACCAUAUAAAUGUAAUGAGUGUGGAAAAGCCUUUGGACAUAGCUCAUCUCUUACUUACCAUAUGAGAACUCAUACAGGUGAAAGUCCCUUUGAAUGUAAUCAAUGUGGGAAAGGCUUUAAACAAAUUGAAGGCCUUACUCAACAUCAGAGAAUUCAUACUGGAGAGAAACCGUAUGAGUGUAAUGAAUGUGGGAAAGCCUUUAGCCAAAAGUCUCACCUCAUUGUACAUCAGAGAACUCAUACUGGAGAGAAACCUUAUGAAUGUAACGAAUGUGAAAAAGCCUUUAAUGCAAAGUCACAGCUUGUUAUACAUCAGCGAUCCCACACUGGAGAAAAACCCUAUGAAUGUAAUGAAUGCGGGAAAACUUUCAAACAAAAUGCAUCCCUAACCAAACAUGUGAAAACUCAUUCAGAAGAGAAAUCUCAUGAGUGUAGUUAAUGUGGGAAAUCUGUUAACUAAAUUUAAGGUUUUGUUGAACCUUGGAAAUAUGCUGAAUUUAAAGAGUGUUAGAAAGCCUUUAGCAAGAUGUCACACCCUGUUGUACAUGAGAAACUUUGAAAAUGGAUCUUCAUAUAGAAUCAGUGGAUGGAAACAAGGGUUUAAACUUGAUACAAAACCUUUUAUAAAAAAUAUUGUUUUAACAAUGCUCAAUUAUUAUAAAUGAUCUACAUGUUCAGAUUGAAAUUGAAAGCUUUAAAAAUUGUGAAUAAUUUGAAUAUUCAAAGCAAUGGAGAAACAAGUUAUAUAUGCUGACAGUUCCUGUGUUUCUUCUUGUUUUGUACCUAAGCACCAUAUAUUAGAGUUGAAUUUGCAUAUCUGUUUAUUGCCUUAUGUAAAUGAGUGUGGCCAUUUGUAUAAGCCUCUUUGACAUUUUCACCCAGCUCUUUCUUAAUGUCUGUGUUGGCUUCUGCAUCAGCAGAAAUCUUUUUAAAAGGGUUGUUAUAUAUGUAAAAACUGUUAACAGGAAAAUGAGAGAAAAUAAAGCAACUGAGGAUACAAAUGUGCUGGUAGGGAGUGAUAUUCAAGAUAUAUUGUGAAGUGUGAAAAAUUAGGUUGCUGAACCAUGUAUAUAGUAUGUUUCCCUUUGUGUACAAAAGGGUAUGUUUGUUUAACCUCUGUCUCUUAUCUCUGUAUGUGUAUGUAUCUUUGUAUGCAUAUAUACAUGUAUUUGUAUGUGCAUAGACUUUGAAAAAAUACAGAAUAAACUCCAUGGUGGUUGCCAUUGGGCACAGGAGUAUAGGAUUGGGGUCUAGGAUAGGAGCAAGACUUCCUUGUAUAUUUGGAUUUUUAAAUCAUGCACAUGUAUUAUUUUUAUAAUUAAAAUAUUUUAAUAUGCAUAAAUCAACAUUAUUUAAGGUUGUCACUGAGCCCCUCCACAAUGUUGUUUGACAGAGUUAAAAUAUUUUUAUGCUUAUUCAUGAAUGAUGAUGUAUCUAAAGUAUAUAGUAUGAAACUUGAUGUUGAAUUCAUAAAGACUUUUUCUAUCAAA